GAAUCAUACACAGAAAUGGAAUCUCCGAUAGCCCUGGUUGUAAAUUCACCCGAUGGGAGCCUGUCAGUGCAUCAACCUGCUGUGGAUUUGUUAAAGACCAUUGAUCAGGCUUUGGUAGUUGUUGCUAUAAUCGGGAAAUAUCGGACAGGAAAAUCAUAUCUGCUGAACCGCCUUGCUGGAAAACAGAAAGGGUUUGAAAUUGGAGGCAGAGUCCAGUCAGAGACGAAGGGAAUCUGGAUGUGGGCCCUCCCACAUCCACGGAUGGAAGAUUGCUGUCUGCUACUGUUGGACACUGAAGGUCUUGGACAUGUGGAAAAGGGAAAUGAAAGCAAUGAUAACAAGAUUUUCGCACUUGCGUUUCUGCUGAGCAGCAUGUUCGUGUAUAACAGCAAAGGUGCAAUCGACCAACAGGCUCUACAGGACAUCAAUUAUGUGACAGAACUGACCAAAAUCAUCCGAUCUAUAUCUGGAGAGGAAGAUGACCAUGGAGAAGAAUUCAUGCAAUACUUUCCUGGCUUUGUUUGGGUCGUACGGGAUUUUUGUCUGGAGCUGAAAAUUAACAAGAAAGAAGUAACAGCAGAUGAAUAUUUGGAAGAUGCCCUUAAACUGAAAGAAGGAAUUGCUUUGUGUUAGACACACCUGGAAAUAAACGUGUGCUUCGGAAUAUCGAAACAGUCGAUGACAAAGAGCUGGAAGAAGAUUUUGUUCAAACAUGCAAUGAGUUCUGUCACUUUAUUUACACAAGGGCAAUGAAGAAAACUGUUCCUACAAUCAAAAUGUUCACUG